UGGCAGCAGUAGUCAUUACGAUCGCGCGUGUGUUUGGUUCGCUGUCAUCGCUAAAAAAAAAAAAACAACAGAAUACGCACAUGCCGAUGUUGUCCGAUUUCAAGUAAAAAUCCGAGAGAUAUUUGCGAUAACAAAAACGUCCGAUAAAAGAAAACUGAAAAUUAACAACAAUGGAAGGCGAAGCGGAAAGUAACACUUCUAACAAAGUUUCCAAACUUCCAAACACGUGGCCGUACAUGAACGUUACUUCGCUGACAAUGUCGUUCCUAAUGAAAUUAACAGCGGCCGGUUUCAUCUGGGGAUGGGGAUACUUCAAUCUGAGCAUAGCCUGGCUGAUCGCACCGAUCGCGUUUUCUGUGUGGAAGUCGGAACGAAAAAAGGACAACGAGCUGAGAACGAUCACAGCACAGGCCAGUGUACUGGUCAAAGAAAAGGAAUUAAUCGUCAGUCGAAUAGACGAAUUACCCUCGUGGGUGUACUUUCCUGAUUUCGACAGAGCCGAGUGGCUGAACAGAAUUUUAUACAAAGUGUGGCCGAGUAUGAAUCAGUUCGUUCGACAACUGUGCAAACAGACUAUAGAACCAUCGAUUGUUGAGAAGCUCACGGAAUAUAAAAUCAAGGGCUUUCAAUUCGAUCGUUUAGUCUUAGGUCGUAUUCCGCCUAAAAUUUAUGGAAUCAAAGUUUACGAUAAAAAUACAUCGAGAAAUGAGAUCAUUUUAGACGCCGACGUCAUGUACGCUGGUGACUGUGAUAUUACUUUCCUCGUCGGGAACAUUAAAGGUGGAAUUAAGGAUUUUCAAAUUCGUGGUUUGGUGCGCGUUGUCAUGAAACCCAUGUUGUCCGUAAUGCCACUAAUUGGAGGCGUACAGAUAUUCUACUUGAACAAUCCUAGCAUCAACUUUAACUUGGUAGGAGUGGCUGAUGUGUUGGAUUUACCUGGAUUCAACGAAAUUUUAAGGAAGACAAUCGUCGAACAAAUAGCAGCCAUCGUUGUAUUACCGAACAAAAUAAUCGUGCCGUUAAGCGAGGAAGUACCAAUGGAGACUUUAAAACUUCCCGAACCCGAAGGUGUUUUGAGAAUUCAUGUUGUGGAAGCUAAGCAUCUGAUGAAGAAAGAUAUCGGAAUGUUGGGUAAAGGAAAGUCCGAUCCGUACGCCAUUAUAAAUGUCGGCGCCCAAGAAUUCAGAACGAAGACAAUUGACAAUACCGUUAAUCCAAAAUGGGAUUUCUGGUGUGAGUGUGCCGUGACCUCAGCCCUCGCACAACAAGUGACCGUGUUGCUGUGGGACUAUGACGACACUAAGGGCGACGAAAAACUUGGAAGAGCUACCAUCGAAGUUAACCGGGUGAAAAAAAAGGGCACAAUCGAUACAUGGGUCUCUUUGGAGGAGGCAAAGCAUGGUAUGCUUCAUUUGCGAUUGACAUGGCUGCAACUCUCAAAAGAUCCCGCUGAUUUGAGAGCUGCUUUAAUAGAAACUCAAGAACUUAGAGUUACAUCGAUGAGCACGGCUCUUCUCAUACUCUACGUCGAUUCUGCUAAAAAUUUGCCGUAUGUUCGAGGAAAUAAACAACCCGAUGUCUAUCUGGAGGCGAGCGUCGGAGGAAAUAAAGAAAGAACGGCCACCGUACCGCGUUCCUGUGAUCCAGUGUGGGAACGAGGAUUCACUUUCUUAGUUAGCAGUCCUGAAACUGGAGUUUUAUUUAUAAAAAUUACCGAUGAGAAAACUGCCACGAUAGUUGGGGAGAUGAGUUACAAUCUUUCCUCGCUUUUGGAGAAAAAUAAUCUCGAAAUUACCCAACAACCGUUCGAUUUGCAAAUGGCCGAGUCAGACAGCAAACUCGUACUGUCAAUGUCAUUGAGUAUUUUGAAAUAUUCAGAACCUGAGCCUACUUCCGAGGAAGAUGAUGACGACCACGACAUCAAUCAAUUGAACAAACGAAUCGAACGUCAGGAGUCCAACAUUAGUAACGUAUUAUCUUCUAGUGUACCUCCCAGUCCUCUUAAGAAACACCCUUCGAAAGAUUCGGUCAACAGUCAACCUCGCAGUACUGGAUCCGGUGCGGCGCUAUUGCCCGAAGAAUCAGCAGCUAUAGAAGAAGACGUGAUACUCAGCACCAAUGCUCCUGUCUCUGAAAUCUCAUCACAUCUUAUUCAUAGAAACCCAAGCGUGACCUCUUCUCUGGGUGAUGCCAAAUUGGGCAGAAUACAAUUGACUCUGCGUUACAGCGUGCAGAGGCAGAAGCUUGUCGUUGUUGUGCACAAAAUUGCUAAUCUCCCGCUUCCACAAAAUGAUCCGCACAAUAUACCGGAUCCGUACGUGAAACUCUAUAUUCUGCCAGACCGACACAAGGAAACAAAGCGCAAAACAGCCGUGAUAAAGGAUAAUUGCAACCCAACGUUCGACGAACAAUUCGAAUAUGUUGUAUCUCAGGGUGACUUGAACACCCGCAUGCUAGAAAUAUCUGUAUGUACCCAAAAGGGUUGGCUUUCGACUGGAAGUAACGUGAUGGGACAGGUUCAUAUAAAAUUAAGCGAGAUCGAUGUUACGAAGGCGAUCACCAGCUGGUACGAUUUACAGCCGGAGGUCAAGGAAUAGAACAAGAAGAAAAGAAAGUGGAAAUUCGAGCGUUUGUGCGUCUGUCUGACGAAACGACCUCUCAAAUUCCCACUUGACAAUUUUUACAACCAAUGAAAGUUUUUGUUUCGAGUAUCGCCAUUUCAAUGAACUCUGUUCUGACGUUGAUAUUAUUCAACUAAACUCGGUCUCAUUUAACGCAAUCGUACUUACGCCGUCCAAUGGCAAGAAAUGAAUCUGAAUACAUACAAAUUGUUGCCGCGACUGUCGAGCAUGAGUGGAUGAGCUUAAUAAUUUAUUCUAGUUAACGCGCCUUGAUAAUUCGCAUAUUUUCUUGGUAUAAUACCUAAAAAAAAAAUUAGAUUUUUGCGAGGCAAAAUCAAAAUUUUACCAAAUUAUUUUUCUCUUGCGGAAAACAUGUGCCUGAACUAAUUAAGCGCUGGACGUUUAAUUAAAUGUUAAAUACUUCUUAUAUGCAUGAAUUUAAUAUAU